UACACAUCGCAAAGCAACCUGGGAAAAAAGAUUGUUGUAAACAUGGCGGCCGCUAUGGGCAGACUUCUGUCCUUCAAUAGGAAUGCUAAAGUGCUCGUUUCGUCUUUGAGGUUUACUGCUGUGCCAGUACGUCGUUACGGUUUAGAGGUGUCUGGUACCGGAGAGGCUAUCACUCACACCGGACAGGUGUUUGAUGAAAGCGACCCAAGGAGAGCCAGGUUCGUCGGUAGAAAGAAAGAGGUCAAUGAAAACUUUGCCAUUAAGCUAGUGGCCGAAGAGCCCAUCACGGAUGCUGAGGCCCGUAUUGUCUCCUGUGAUGGAGGUGGAGGAGCUCUUGGACAUCCCAAAGUCUACAUCAACUUGGUGUUUGAUGAAAGCGACCCAAGGAGAGCCAGGUUCGUCGGUAGAAAGAAAGAGGUGAAUGAGAACUUUGCCAUUAAGCUAGUGGCUGAAGAGCCCGUCACGGAUGCCGAGGCCCGUAUUGUGUCCUGUGAUGGAGGUGGAGGAGCUCUUGGACAUCCCAAAGUCUACAUCAACUUGGAUAAAGACACAAAAGUGGGCACGUGUGGCUACUGUGGGCUGCAGUUCAAGCAGAAGCAUCAUCACUGAAACAUUUCCUCUGUCUCUGCUUCUCUGUAUAAAUAGCCAUAUUGGUUAAUAAAUUAUGUCUGCUUGGGA